GUGAGAAAGGCCAGUCUCAGCAGUCAGGACAGGGAGGAGCAGGGAACAGUUACUAUGGCUUCAGCAAUCCUGCAGAAUAUGAAGGAGGAGGUAACCUGCCCCAUCUGCCUUGAACUCCUGAAAGAACCCUUAAGCCUACACUGUGGUCACAGUUUCUGCCAAGACUGCAUCACUGCAAACCACAAGAAGUCCAUGAUGAGCCAAGAAGAGUGGAGCAGCUGCCCUGUGUGCCGAAUCACUUACCAGCUCGAGAACCUGCGGCCUAAUCGACAUAUAUCCAACAUAGUGGAGAGGAUCAAGGAGGUCAAGUUGAGCUCAGAGGAGGAGCAGAAGGUAGAUCAUUGUGCACGCCAUGGAGAGAAACUCCUACUCUUCUGUAAGGAAGAUGGGAAGGUCAUUUGCUGGCUUUGUGAGAGGUCUCAGGAGCACCGCGGUCACCACACGUUCCUCAUUGAGGAUGUUGCUCAGGAGUACCAGGAGAAGCUCCAGGUAGCUCUGAAGAAGCUAAUGAAUAAGCAGGAGGAAGCUAAGAAGUUGAAAGCUGACAUCAGAGAAGAGGGAAAUUUCUGGAAGAAUCAAAUACUCAGUAACAGAGUAAACAUCCAAUCAGAGUUUGAGCAACUGAGAAAUAUUCUGAACUCUGAGGAGGACAACGAGCUGCAAAAGCUGGAGAAAGAGGAGGAAGAUAUUCUGAAUAGCCUGGCAGAGUCUGAAAAUAAAUUGGAUCAACAGAGCCAAUUGUUGAGAGAGCUCAUCUCAGACCUGGAGUAUCGGUUGCAGGGGUCAGCGAUGGAGCUGCUGCAGGAUGUGAAUGGCAUCAUAAAAAGGAGUAAGAACUUAACCUUGAAGAAGCCACAAACUUUCCCUAAGGAAAAAAGGAAAGUGUUUCGAGCUCCUGAUCUGAAAGGAAUACUGCAAGUGUUGGAAGAGCUGACAGAUGUUCAACGCUACUGGGGUAAGGAGAAAUCACAGUAUAUAAACCCCCCAAAUCAUAGUAUAUAA